AAUAUAAAUGAGGCAAGAUGUGAAAUAUGCUUCUAGAGGAAGGCAUUUCUUCAUGCUCGUCCGUGAUUUGAUUCCUCAUUUUAAGCUCUCACUUUGACAGUUUGAUAGGAGAAUUUCACUUGAAUAGAAGAGGACCAUCAUCACGUCAAGCUCUCCGAAGUGAACAGUGUGGUCCAAACUACCAUGGCUACGUACACCUUCAGCGUCCUGUGCGCCUUGGGCGUUUUUGCUGCUCUUCAGGUUCCAUGCACCUUGGCUCUGGCUUCAAUGGAUCAUCCACAAAGUUGACUGCAGGCCAAACUGACCCGACUGAGAUUGUGAACAAGCAUAACGACCUGAGAAGAAAUGUUCAGCCUUCUGCAAGCAACAUGUUGGAAAUAAGCUGGAGCAGUGAGGCUGCAGCCAACGCUCAGAGAUGGGCCAACACCUGCUCGAUGAAGCACAGCCCUGACAGCUCCAGAAAAAUCAGCACUAGUGGCUGUGGAGAGAACCUGUACAUGUCCAGCUGGGAGGACACGUGGAGCAAUGCUAUCCAGAGCUGGUACAACGAGAUAAAGAACUGGCGCUACGGAGUGGGAGCUACCAAUGGAGGAGUGGUCGGACACUUCACACAGCUUGUUUGGUACAGGUCCAACAAGGUUGGGUGUGGUAUGGCCUACUGUUCCAACUCUAGUUACAAGUACUUCUACGUCUGCCAAUACUGCCCACCUGGAAACUACCAGUACGCUCGCCCCUACACAUCAGGACCCUCCUGCGGUGACUGCCCCAAUGCUUGCAACAACAAAUUGUGCACCAACGCCUGUCCCUACACUGAUCAGUAUAGUAACUGUGCUGAUCUGAAGAAGCAGUGGGGCUGCACACAAAGCGAGGUGGCCUCUUGGUGUCCCGCCUCCUGCAAGUGCAGCUCUGAGAUUAUUUAAAUGUCCACAUGGGCUGUGACCAUAGACUGUAGAAAACAGGCUCUGACGCAUCAUACAGUUUCAAUAAAAGAUACUUAUCUUUAAA